AUGAGAAGCAUUAAAUCAGUCGUAGUUGGAGAUGGUGGAGUAGGUAAAACUUGUUUAUUGAUAUCCUAUACUACCAAUACCUUCCCCAAUGAUUAUAUUCCAACUGUUUUUGACAACUAUUCCGCCUCAGUUAUGAUUGAUGGUGAACCAAUCAAGUUGGGAUUAUGGGAUACCGCUGGUCAAUCAGAAUAUGAUAGAUUAAGACCGUUAUCCUAUCCACAAACAGAAAUAUUUUUAUGUUGUUUCUCUGUGAUAAGUCCUGAUUCAUUCCAAAAUGUCAAGUCUAAAUGGAUACCUGAAAUAUUGCAUCAUUGUCCAAAAGAUAUCUUGAUUUUAUUGAUUGGUACCAAGAUUGAUUUACGAGAUGAUUUACAUGUAUUAGACGAGUUGACAACAAGGAAUUUGAGUCCCGUCACUUUUGAACAAGGAAACAAAUUGGCUAGAGAGAUUGGUGCCAUAAAGUAUAUGGAAUGCUCUGCUGCUACGCAAGUUGGUGUCAAGGAAAUAUUUGAUUACGCAAUAAGGGCAGUAUUGGACCCACCAAAUGCUAAUAAGGGCGAAUACAUGACUAACGACAGUGUACCAGGAAUGGGUGUCCAUAAUUCUAGCGGUAACAAGAAACAUAACGAAAAGAAUGGUUUUGGAACUGUAACUGGUGGUGCUGGUAAAAAAAGAAAGAUUAAAAGAGCUAAAAAAUGUAUUAUAUUAUAA